CAGAACGAGCAAAGAGCGACAGUAAUAAAGGGUAUCAUUUUUCGUGGUUUCAAAAUUAUCUCAUCGUGGUUUCAAAAUUAUCUCAUGGAAGAAGUUGCAGAUCUUCAUCAUCUACCACAAGAUGAAGAAAUUGAAACCUUAGGUUCUGCUCCAUACUGGUAUUCUUUCUGUGAUCAUGACGAUGAUGAUAUCUACUCAUCAUAUGAACCUGAUCCUGAUGAAUUUGAUCCUUUUUCUCCUUUGAAUUUCGAUUCCUUUGAUCACUCUCUACGCACUCAAAUCAUCUUCGACGAGCGAGAAACUUGUGUUGAGCUCGUUGGAUCUGAUGAAGAAGAAGAAGGUUCAGGUUCUGAUUCUAUUUUAGAACACGAUAAUGAGGUAAAUAUAGUUUUCAAUUUAUUCGAACGCUGUAAUCAAGAAGAGGAUGAAGCUCAUGUUAUUGAUGGUGAUGAUGAUAAUAGGUUUAGGAUUUUUGAUGAAAAUGAUGAAAUGGGUGCUAAUUAUGUUGAAUUAGGGUUGGGUUCUAAUAGGGAAAUUGGGGAUUUGAAUGAUGAUGAUGAUAAUAGUAGUUUUAUGUUAGAAGAAUUUGUGGGUGAUAAUUAUCAUGUGAGUAGAAGGGAUACUGGGGAGUCUUCUGAUGUGCGAAAUGUUGAAACUUUUCGAGAUGGUGGUCUUCGAGUUGUAGGAAUUGGGUCAGAUUCUGAUUCUGAAGAUGGAAUUUUUGGGAUUGGCUUUCAUUCUGGAGAAGAAGAUGAUGAUGGGUUUGGUUGUGGCCCGGAGGACUCAGGUCUUCAACUACACUGGGAUUCUUUACGUUUGGAGGAAGCUCAAAGAGAAUUGAAUGAGGAUUUUGAGUGGGAAGAAGUUGAUGAAAGGGCUGAUGAGAGAGAAGUUAUGAAUAUGAUGAUUGAUGCUGAAGUGGGGAGACUCGUUUCGACUGAGAUGCUUUCAGGGGAAGUGGGUGAAGGAGGAGGAGAGACGAUGACGAGAACAUUAGAAUGGGAAGUGCUUUUGGCUGUAAACAAUUUGGAUAGAAAUGUGGAACUGGAACAUGAGGGGGAUCAUGAUGGUUAUAUUUACCCUGCGGAAUAUGAGACUCUCUUUGGGCAAGUGGCGGAACAUGACAGUUUUAUUAGAGGUAAUCCACCUGCUGCCAGAACUGUUAUAGAAAAUCUUACGUCGGUUGUUGUAACACAAGAAGAUGUGGAGAAUAAGAGUGCAAUUUGCGCGGUAUGUAAGGAUGAAAUGGGAAUGGAAGAACAAGUGAAAAAACUGCCUUGUUCUCAUUUCUAUCAUGGAGACUGCAUUUUACCAUGGUUGGGUAUGCGUAAUACAUGCCCUGUUUGUCGAUAUGAAUUACCUACAGAUGAUCCUGAUUAUGAACGGAUGAGAACCCGAAGAGCUGUUGAUCGAGGCGUCUCAAGAGAUGAUUAUGAUCAGGUCAGAUAUGAAAUAUUUUACGAGCAGUAGAUUGUGCAUACAUUGUAGAUAAGCUUUUCUCCACAGGUCUCUCAAAUUAUCGAUCUUUGAAGAUGAUUUUGGUAGUUAUUGUUUGCUGUUGUCUUAGUGAGUAUGAAAAAGAAACAAAGAUAUAUGUUAUUUAACAGUAAUGUUUUUAGGAUUUGUCGUGUUGAAUAAUUUGCUCGUGAUUUUCUUUUGCACAUCAGUGGGACUGUGAGAUACAUGGUUAGCUUGUUCUUGAUAUCAUUUUAAUGAAAUGUGGAUUUUAAGAAUA